AUGACACAUGAGGAAAGAGAAGAGACUGCCAAGAAGAUCCAGGCCCGGUGUUGUGGCACACAGGUGUGCCGGAAGCUGCCAUACAGAGGGGCCUAUAAGGAGCAGGAGUGGGUGGUAGUGAGGCUGCAGCCCGGGGUCUGCCUGUGGUACAUCUGCUGGAGCUACUGGCAUGUGCUCAAUGCUGCCUGCAUGAUUCAUACCUACAUCUGUCACAACCAAGGCUCUUUCAAAAGCUACUUCAGAGUCACUUCAGAUGUGCUGCAGAUGAAGCCUGAUAAACAAGAAAAGAAGGACCCCAUGGCCGAAGAUGCUGCAGUUGUGUUCAUCCAGGCAUGGUGGCGUGGCACGCUGGUGCGCCGGACUCUGCUGCACGCUGCCCUCUGUGCCCGGAUCAUUCAGCGCUGGUGGCGCGAGACACUGAUGAGGCAGCUAACCAAGAAGCGGCAGGCAGCCCUGGAGCUCUAUGCACGGCAAGAAUGGGCGGCCGUCAAGGUGCAAGCCUAUUUCCGUAUGUUGCGCAUUCGCCGGUGUUACUGUCGCCUGCUCAAUGCUGUCCGCAUCAUCCAGGUCUACUGGCGUUGGCAUAAUUGUCACACUUAUGGCUCUAUCCAAGGUCACUAUGAACUCAAAGAACACCUCUUGAAUCUACAACUUGAAAUUUCCUUGGGUUCCCGGUCUUAUAGGGUAACCCAAUGCAUGCCACUUCCAAUAAAGGAAUGA